AUGGACUUCGGUGAAGCGCUCGCUGACGGAUCCUCUCAUCGCUCCGAGGCCAGUUCCACUAGCACUCGCGAGCUUCACAGCCAGCACAUUCACGAUCUCCAAUUGGAGGUCAACGCCCUGAGGCUUCAGGUUCAAGCCCUCAGGUCCGAUUUGCAGACUCUGGAGGAGUCCCUUGCUCGCGUCUGGGUGAACCAGACGGGUGCGACUCCCAAAGCCUCGCCUGCUGCAGCGGGCCCUGCGGCCGCCAACCUGACUGAGGCUGAUCCUGAUCACUCGGUUUCUGGUCAGGGGGAGGAGCCUAGUGAUGAUGCAGCCAGUGUCAAUGCAUGGGGCCUGUUGGCUCCCCUGAGCCCAACUACCCAUGCUGCCGUGCCUGAGGAAAGCCAGGAUCCCGCCUUGUGGCUGUCGGAGCCUUUUAGUCCCUUUGCUUACGACCCUGUGCACGACCCCAACCUUGGUGACCCU